GGAGCGAGUGGUGAAGGACGUGAGUCUGCUAACUAAAGAGGAGCAGAUGGCGGCACUCAUGAGCGAUGCCCCUGAGCUGGUGGGCCUGCUGUCUGACCUCAAGACCACCCUCAAGGAGCUCAACACUAAAGUGCUGCCGCUGCUGCAGCAGGUGCGGGAGGGGGAGUACGCAACGGAGAACGGAGUAUCCUACCUGGAGGCGAAGCACGGUCUGCUGCUGCACUACUGCUGCUGCCUGCUCUUCUUCCUGCUUCUCAGGGCGGAGGCAAGCCAGUGAGGGACCAUCCUGUGGUCUCACGACUCGUGGAACUCAGGCUCUUUUUGGAAAAGAUCCGCCCCAUCGACAAGAAGCUUCAGUACCAGAUCGAGAAGCUUCUCAAGCUGGCCUCAUCGGCCAAUCGCAGCGCGCCAUCUGGCUCGGCAGCAGCAACUGCAGCAGGAGCAGGAGGGGCGGGCGAGGCCGGGGCGGGAGGGUCGUUGGAUGAUCUGAGACACCGUCCGAACCCCAACCUCCUGGUGUCUAAGCUCGGAGGUGCUGGCGGUGGCAUUGGUGGUGGGGUUGGUGGGGGAGAGGAUAGGGCAUUGCUGCUGCUGCUGCUGCUGGUGCGGAUGGUGCUGGUGGUGCUGGUGGCGGGGUGUAUAAGCCGCCGAAGAUCGCGCCUAUGGCGAUGGAUGGGGAGGCAGAGGGCGGGAAGAAGGGCGGGGAGGUGGGGGGGAGGAGGGAGGAGCGGGAGGUGAGGGAGGCGAGGCGGAGGGCGGCCAGGAGCGCUUUUGUGAAGGAACUAGCUGAAGAUGUGGAAGGACGGCCGCGUGAGAUGCGGGUGGAGGGCGCGUCGACAAUGAUGGUGGAGGGCAAGGAGAUGGAGAGGGAAGUGGAGCGGCUGAGGGAGAGGGCGGCUGCUGAGGAGAGGAUGUUCUCUCGUGUGCCGCUGAACCGCGGGGAGAAGCAGCGGCUGAAAGCGCUCAAGAGGAGCCAGAACAUGCUUGCGGGCAUGCUGGAUGACUUUGACGAUGAUAUUGCUGGCAUUAUGGCAGCAGGGGAGGAGGGGGGAGCACAGGCUGGCGACGCUGUUGCAGGAGCAGCAGCAGGGGGAGGGUCGAGCGCCCAAGUCGCGGGCCUGCUGGACUCUCUGCUUCGCCCACGCAAGCUGUCCGAGGCGAUUCACGAAGCUGGCAAGAUGCCCUCCCUUAGGGCACAGGCUAAGGUGAUAUCUGGGGAUGCUGAUAUUCCCCUGAAGCCGGACUUGGGCGAGCGCCGACGAGCCUACGAGGCAGGCGUGGUGGCGAAGCAGGUUCGGAAGCGGGGCUCGGAGGACCUAGGGUUUGACCAAGGGGAUGAUGAGGAUGGGGGGGGAGAGGGAGGGGAGGAGGAUGAGUUUUACGCUGAGGCUCGGAGGAUGCAGGAGGCCCGGAAGUCGGCCAAGGCUGCGAAAUACUCCUCCUCUGGGCUCAUUCCCGAGGCAGAGCCUUCUGUUGACGAAGAUGGCAGGCGGCAGAUUACCACACAGAUUGAGAGGAAUCGGGGCUUGAUGGCGCACCGCAACAAGGCAGUCAAAAAUCCACGCAAGAAGUACAAGCUCAAGCAUGCCAAUGCUGUGGUCCGUCGGAAGGGCCAGGUGCGUGAUGUCAAGCGCGAAACUGCGCCCUAUGGUGGUGAAUCUACUGGUAUUCGGUCCAGCAUCAGUCGUAGUGUCAGAAUUGGGUGAGACUUGUUUUUGUGCGGGGUGUUAGGAAUGGAUAUACUACGAUGUUUGGGCGAUGAACUUGUGGGUAUAACUUGUGGAAUCGUUUUAGGGUUUCAGUCAGUAGCUUACAUGGCAGCACCCUGUUUCUUGGAAGAUAGACGAAUGAAUAUCAAUAAGGUGUCAGACCUCAG